UUCCCAGAGGUGGGACUUUAUUUUAUUCUUCAAAUUCGCAGCUACAAUUGGCUGUAAUAUGCUACAGCCCAUUUUAUAUUCUACAGGGAGAAUCUCAUGUUUUGUUGUCAUCAUGUGCCCAAGCAAUGGACCAGCUUGAAUAGUCUUUAACUGUUUCCUAAUUAGCACGUGUUGUUCUCAAUGGUUGUUGCUUGCCACAAUGAAGUGGUCAAUAAUUUGCUGCCAAUAAAUCACUUCUAAAUCACUUCGCCAGCAUUAUAUCCAUCCCUGGAAUAUGGUUUUCUUGAUUGUAACUAAAUAAAGGAAAGUUUAUUGAAGUUCAUUAGGACUGCCAUGUCAAUGCAAUACAUGUGUAUGUUAUACAUGUACACUUGCAUAGUGUUUUGUACAUGGUUGAUUCUCUUUACACAGUAGGUUUACUUUGUGGUUUGUAACACUCACUUGUAUUUUCUGUUAACAUCCAAUGAAGUUCUUUUGAAGUCAGAGAAUUAAAUGUUGCUGAUUUAAUAUUGCAGUGUGCAAGUGUCCAGCUUUCUGUGCUCAUACCAUCUGCCAGUAAAGAGGCAAUCAACCUCGUCUCGGUAAGUAUACCAGUUGAAGUAGUUUUCUCUCUGCUGACAAUGGCUUGGACUUUUAAGUAGGAUUUGAAUGCUUGAUUUCCGAAUGGAUGCACCUUAUCCACCAAAAAAAAAGAAGAGAGAAAAGAUAACUAGUUGUGCUUAUUCUUGCAUGAUCCGUGGAUAUGUCAUAUGUAUAGUCACUUUGCUCAUGGGACCCCAGCAAGAGGCCAACGGCUGUAGAGGCCCUCCAACAUUCAAAUGCAUGGUUGGACAUGAGAUGCAGGUAGCAUUCUGCCUCAUCCAGAAGUAUGUUGAUAUGCAAUCUAUUGGAGCUAAAUUACAGAUAAUAUCUGCAUUUUCUGUUGAGCAUGUGAAAGGUUAUAUUUAUAUUGAAGCUGAUAGGGAACGUGAUGUCGUUGAGGUAUGUAAAGGGCUUCGUAGUAUAUAUUCUAGUAGAGUGGUGCUGGUUCCCAAAAAUGAAGUUCUCUAUCUGCUUUCUCUUCAAAUCAAAUCAAGGGAAGUUUCUAAGGGCACAUGGGUCCGCGUGAAGUAUUGGAAAUACAAAGGGGACCUUGCACAGGUUGUGGCUGUUGAUGAUGCACGGAAGAGGCCACCGUAAAGCUGAUUCCAAGGAUCGAUCUCCAAGCCAUGGCACAAAAAUAUAUAUGUAAUUUCUUUCUUCCAGAAAAUUUAUGUGGCAGUGAUUUUGGAAUUGUGAAGCAACUACUGUUGGUUGCAUGCUAUUGUUUUCUAACCAACAUUCUGUUUUGACUUUUGUU